AUGCCCCCCACGCAGACGACGAUCCCCGAGGAUUCGAUCCUGAACAAGUUCCUGCUGAAGGGCAAGAACAUCGUCAUCACGGGCGGUUCGCGUGGCCUGGGGUUCAACUUCGCCCUGGCUCUGGCCCAGGUCGGCGCCAACAUCGCCGUCAUCGACAUCAACGACGGGCCCUCGGAGAACAUGGCCAAGCUGACCCCCUUGGGCGGCAAGUACGAAUACUACCAGGCCAACGUGGUGGACUAUCAACGCUUGAAGGACACGAUUGAUCGGAUACAUAAAGAUUUCGGGAGUAUUGAUGGAUGCAUCCCUGCCGCGGGAAUCAUCCGCGACAGGCCAUUCCUGGAACACACGGAGAAGGAUUUCAGAGACACAAUGGACGUCAAUGUGAACGGAGUUUUCUACACGGUGCAGCACUGCACGGCCAAGAUGGUCGAGCAGAAGACAGGCGGCAGCGUGGUCUGCAUCGCCUCGACGGCCGGCCACAAGUCGCUCGCGCCGCAGGAGAUCGCCGCGUACACGGCGUCCAAGUACGCUGUCCGCGGCAUUGCCAAGCAUGUCGCGCACGAGAUGGCCAAGCACGGUAUUCGUGUUAAUUCGAUCAGUCCCGGGACCGUCCAGACCGACAUGCUCGAGUCGGUGAUGCGCCAGAACCCGAGCCGGCGGAAGCUCUUCCUCGACAGCUGCGCCAUGCACCGCCUGGCCAUGCCCGACGAGUUGGCUGGCAUGAUGUUGUACCUCAUGAGCGACGCGGCCAGUUAUACCACCGGACAGGACUUUUUGGUCGAUGGCGGUAUGGUUUAG